AUGAAUUUCAAAAUAAGACCAGACAUUUUUGUUAAAAUGAAAUAGGGUUCUAUUAGUAAUUUUUUUAGCAAAUAAAGCAAAUAUUAGGAACUGGUAUAAGAUAGUAUAAUAUAGAAAUUCGAUUGGCUAUUCACUAAAGUACAGGAUGUAAAAGAGCAAUGA